GCCAGUCGUUCGUGAUGCCUCGACGUCUCCUCAAAGACACCAAGCUACAAUCGAUUCAACGCCAGGUCCAUCAAGACCGAAGAAAGCAAAGUUGACUCAGAUGGAUAUGCAGAGGUAUCACGUAGAAAAACUCCUCGCUAAACCAGACCAAGAAGUCGCCCUGCCUCAACCCCCGAAAGAAAAGUUCAUAGCGCCUCCACCCGAUAUAGUCAAAAACGUUCAAGGAUCUUCUUCAGGAGCGGGAUCAGGCGAAUUUCACGUUUACAAACAUCAGAGGAAGAAAGAGGCCGAAAGGAUAAAGUUGAUGGACGAGAAGACGAGAGCGCUCGAAGAACAUGCUGCUUUCGUUGCGCGUCAAGCUGAACGCAAUGCAGAAGCAGAAGCCAAGACAGCGAAAAACCGAGCUAAACGUCAAAAACGUAAACAUGGCAAUAACAAAAACUCUGAUAAGGAUCCUUCUGGGGAUGGUAUGUCAAAGGGAGGACAGGUAGACCCGAAACGGAAAUUGGGUGGAGGAGGUGGGGGUGUAUUGUUCAGACGUCAAGGGGAAGAACAAGAUGAUAGAGAAGAUGAAGAGGAUGGUGUGGAGGACAAAGUUGAAGAAGGGGAAGAGGAGAUGGGAAGGGAGCAAGUCAAGGUUGUCAGUGAAGAACAGACGAUUGUGAUACAUGAUGAUGAUUAGAUGGUGAUAUGCAAUUGGAGGCACUUGAUUUGAGA